AGUGUCAGGAAGAGGAAGAGCGCGGCCGGCGGCGGAGCGCGGCGCGCCGAGCAGGGCCGGGCCGAGGCGAGCGCCGCGCGGCCACCACCAUGGCCACGGAUGAGCUGGCCACCAAGCUGAGCCGGCGGCUGCAGAUGGAGGACGAGGGCGGCGAGGCCGCGGAGCCGCCGGGGCUCAACGGCGCGGCUGCGGCGGCGGCGGCCGGGGCGCCCGACGAGGCGACCGACGCGCUGGGCAGCGCGGACGAAGAGCUGAGCGCCAAGCUGCUGCGGCGCGCGGACCUCAACCAGGGCAUCGGCGAGCCCCAGUCGCCUAGCCGCCGCGUCUUCAACCCCUACACCGAGUUCAAGGAGUUCUCCAGAAAGCAGAUCAAGGACAUGGAGAAGAUGUUCAAGCAGUAUGACGCCGGGCGGGACGGCUUCAUUGACCUCAUGGAACUGAAGCUCAUGAUGGAGAAGCUGGGGGCCCCCCAGACCCACCUGGGCCUGAAGAACAUGAUCAAGGAAGUGGACGAGGACUUUGACAGCAAGCUCAGCUUCCGGGAGUUCCUCCUGAUCUUCCGCAAGGCAGCGGCCGGCGAGCUGCAGGAAGACAGUGGGCUCCACGUGCUGGCCCGCCUCUCCGAGAUCGACGUCUCCACCGAGGGCGUGAAGGGUGCCAAGAGCUUCUUCGAGGCCAAGGUCCAGGCCAUCAACGUAUCCAGCCGCUUCGAGGAGGAGAUCAGAGCCGAGCAGGAGGAGAAGAAGAAGCAGGCGGAAGAGAUGAAGCAGCGCAAAGCGGCCUUCAAGGAGCUGCAGUCCACCUUUAAGUAGCCCGGCCCACCCUUGGCCACCGCCCUGCCUGGCAAUGCCCCAGCCCCCAGGCGCAUGGGGUGGGGCACCUCCACUGCCCAGGACCACUGUGGAGGGCCCCAACACCUCUGCAAGCCUAGCCAAUGGAGGGCUUCAUGGAGGCGGCCACCGGCUCCCUGUUCCCUCCCGCUGUCCAUGAGGCUGUGAUACCAGCACUGGCCCCUUCCUGGCCCAGCCCUGCUCCUUGCACCACUGGCUGCCUGCUGCCUGCUGCAGCCCCUCCAGGCCCAGCUCCUGCUCCAGAUCCCCACAGCCCCCCUCCCACCACACCCCACAUACACCAGCCUGCGUGUCCAAGGUCCCCGGGCCCCUCCAGCCCCUUCCUCCAUGGGGGAAGUCCCAGAGACAACAGCAGUCAUGGGACCAGGUAGUCGGGGGACCAACAGAAGCACCAGGGCACCCUCAUUCCAGAAACCUCUCGGAUCUGCUGGCAGGGCACAGCUUCUGUUAAGAUGAGGGGACCCCCCACAGACAUGGAGGCAGGGCCCAGCCAGGCAAAGAGAGGGGGCCACUGUGCCCAUCUACCUCAUGGGCCCACACUCUGCCGGGCACACCGUAGGAGCCUGGACAGGAAGACUCGGGGGGCAGUGACCCCUCCGCUCGCUAACACUCUGGGGAUCCCAAUGGCCUGUCGGAGGUAGAGCGAGAGGAGACCACCACUUCACAGUGGUCAUCCCAGAGCUUGGUUUGCAUGCAAGUGUGGGGCAGGAUGGGGGAGCGGGCCUGGCUCCACCCCAUCCCACUUCUUUCCCCAAGGGGUGGUCAUGCCUCGUCCACCCACGAUGGGUCCUGCCUGUCAGGCCUAGCCACCCCUGUGCCCAUCACCAGCCAGGUGGCGGCCGAGGUCCUCCCACAUGCUUGCUAACGUGUGUGUGUGUGUAUGUGUGUGUGUCUGUUGCUGUGUUGUGAACUUGAGCGUCACCCAGUCCGAGCCAGUGAACAGCCACCCUGGUCACCCUUAUGCAACUCCCCGCGUGCGUCACAACGGCGUCACUGCUUUGUCAACUCAGUCUUUAUUUUAGGAAAGCCCCCUCCCCCCGACACAGAGUCCACACAGCUCCAUGCACCUGCAGAAGUUGUCUUUUUUUUUUUUUUUUGGCCUUAGAACUUGCAGACACUGGGAGUUCCCGAGCCGGGAGUGGCAGCCCUGGUCUGGGAUUGCGUUUGCCUUAGUGGAUGUGUCUACAGAUGAAUAUAAAAUGUGCUUUUGGGGGAGGCUUUUGGCUUUAUAUUUUUUUCUCCCUUCUC